AUGGCAAAAAUAAUACCUAGCUAUGCCCAAAGACUUGACCCUAAACUCUUUUUAUCAUAUUUUAAGCAGCAUUCACAAAAGCUUUUUGAAUCCCCAACAGAUGAAUGUGCAAAACAAAGCCUUCAAAAUCUAAUUCAAAAUUAUAAACAGAAUCAUACAGCUUAUUACCAAGAGCCAAAUCUGCUCAAUAGAUUAGCUUUCUGAUACAAUAAAGCCAAUAUUCUUGAUGAAGAUUUCAGAAAACUAAUAGAAAAUCAUAAAAAAACAGCUGAAGAACACAAAACGGGAACCCCUAAGGAUCUUCUAGUUUCUAGGGCCAAAGCUAUAGCAGAAUCUCCUAAAGCACAUUCAAUCAAGCCAAUCCAAAGAGAUAAAUCGAAAGCCAUAGACAUAUCAAUAAAGUGCAGAAAUGAGCAAGAAUUUUUAGAUUCAGUCUUAGUAACUAAUAAUCAUGAGCAAUUAAGGCAAAUAGAACUUCAGCUCCAAGAUAUAAUUGAUAAUUCAAAUAAUUAUCAAUUACUCUUAAUUCCCCAUCCUUAAUUGAAUCGUGAUUGCAGGUAUGAACAAAUUUUUUUAAAAAAAUAUAUAAUUUUUAUAAUGCUAAACAAAUUUUAUAGUAAAUUUUUUCCAUAUAAAAUAUCUAUGCUCUAAUCGCAAGAGAUAGUGUAUGCAAUGUAUUAAAAAUAUGCUAGAAAAUCGUAUUAGAAUUGCAUAAGAGUGAUUAUACAGGCAUAUCUCUAAGUUAAUAAUUAUUAAAUAUGCAAUUAGAUUUGAGGCAGGGUAGGGAGUGGGUUUCAUAUUUGUCCAUAUGAAUUUCAAUCAAGGAUGGGGCUAAUUUUAAAUUUUUAAGUGAAUCCCUUGAUAAAGGGGUGGAGUAAGAGGAAUAUAUGAAAUGUGUAGAAAAGGCUUUUGGUUUGAUCGGCUAACUCGUUUAAAAAUAUGAGAAAAAAUGAUGACAGCUAACACUACAGAUUUAAAAGACUUAAACAGCAUCUUAAAAGUUCUUAAUGAUCCAAAUUUCUUUAAUAAACCUCCAGAGCACUCAUGAAAAAAAUUUGAAUUGAUGAUUUCUUUGAACUCUGGUGCAUGAAACCCAGCACUGACGAUGAGUGUUUUAGCUGAUGGAACACUCCAUAGCCCAAUGCUGUUCCAUAGGCUAAUUGAUAGAUGAAUCAAUAUGGUUGAAAGUGAAAAUGACUACAUCACAUUUAGUAAUGGAUUUUAUGCUUUGGCACGAACUGAUUUUCUAAAUCCUCAGCUGCUGGACUGGUGUAAAAUUCAAAUGAGAAAAUUUGCUUCGAAAUUUGAUGCAGGUGAUAUUGUAAUAAUUUUAAGAGGACUAAUAUAUCAUGAUUGCUAUUGCCUACUUCCCCGAUUAUAAAAGAAAACAUUUGGCGAGAAAUAAUUUAAUAAAUAUUUGAAAAACAUUUCAAUUUUAUGUGUUUUAACAUAUUUUAUUCUAUGAAAUGUCAAUAGUAUUUUAAAUCGAGAGAUUGAAAAAAAAAAGUUUGCAAAAACGAAACGGAUUAAUGCUACAAUUAUAACAAUAUUUUAAAUGGUUUAAGUAAACUUUAUAGAUAAUUUUUGUUUAUAAUUUGAUUAACAGUAUGGGAAUUAGAAACUUGAAAUAUUCUUAUUAAUGAAAUAUUUAGUCACUUGUAUAGAAAUCUCUCUGCAAGCAGCAAAAGGGAUUUAUCUCAUAUUUACAAGUCAAUUGAAAUUGAUAAACCAAAUGGCUAUGAAGAGCUUUUAGGGCGGUUCGAGCCUUAUAAAGAAAAUUUAUUCAGCAUUUUUAAGUACAAAAGAGCAUCAACAGUGUCUCACACAGAAAAAUUGCUUGCUAACUCCCCCUUGUGAGCGAACAAAAUCAUUGGAAAAAUCCUUAUUUUUUGCCCAAAUCUCCCUAUGUGAGCGAGCAAAACAAUUUGAUAUGUAAAUGAUAAUUAAUUUAAUGAAAUAUCUAUCUAAUUCUUUUAAUUUUAAACAUCAACAUAAAUUUUACAAAUUAAGUUAAUAUUUGCUUUCCAAAUUUUUUUGCCAAAUGGGAUUUUUUUAAAUCUCGAAAAAAAAAUUUUCCCCUUCAAUGAGCGAAAAAAAUUUUUUUUUCUUCACGAAGUGGGGGUAAGGAAUUGGAAUCUCUUGAACUUGAAUUUACUUGUUCAGAAGAUAUCGAUGAUUUUUAUGAAGCUGAUUUUAUUUUGAAGGACAAACGUAUUGUAAUCGAAGUUUUCGGGCUCCCAUUUCACACAAACCAAUAUAAUUUAGGUAUAGACAUGAAAACACGUUUAAAAUUAAGACAUUUGAGGCGCUUAAACUGGAAAGUCAUUGCAGUUUUUAGCUCAAAAGACAUAAAAAUGAGACUCCGAGAAAUAAUUCCAAUGAUGGAAAAUAUUAAGGAGGCAAAGUGUGCGUAUAUUUUUGACUCAGAGUUUAAAAUAAUAUAG